GUCUGUAGAACCGCCAUUGCUACUGACUAAACUGACAGCGAUUCGACGAAAUCGUUUCUAUUGUUGAAAUUUCACAAGUUUGGUGUGCCUUCUCGAUAGUGAUACGUUUAGCCUGUGAUUCGUGACCGAGAAUCGAGAUCGGGAACUGGUCGGAGUAGAAACAGGCUUAAACUAGUUCGACCUUAAAAGUCAUUUGGCGUUGACCAUUUAUUCACAUUUUGUAGAAGAAAAUCUGUGAUAAUUCGGUAACGUGUACUUCCAACUGAAAUAAAAUGUCGGAUACAAGACGACGACGGAAAUCUAACCAGUCUUGUGGUUCUGAUGACCUUUCGGAUUCUUGCGAGGAGUUAAACGCAACGAAAGAAACCCAGAGCAGCGAGCAAACCGAUGGUCAUCAGGAUUCAGAAUGUGAUAUUUAUCCUUCUGACUCUGAUGCUGAAUCUCAAGAUGGUGCACUACGAGAGAGUGGAGAUGGUCAAGAAGAAGAAAAACCACAGAAAAAGUUAGAUGAUGACGAGGACAGACGUAAUCCACAAUAUAUUCCUAAGAGGGGAACAUUUUAUGAACACGAUGAUAGAACCAUUGAUGAAGUGACAGAUAAUGCAGCUGAAUCACAAAAUGAGAGGGAAACCAAAGAAAAAAAAGUUUGGAAGGAUAAAGAAGAUAGAUGGGAUCAUGAUCGAUAUAACGAUGAAGAACAAGCACCAAAGAGCCAUGAAGAAUUAAUAGCUGUUUAUGGUUAUGACAUAAGAAAUGAAGAAGGUCCACCCAGAGCUAGAAGAAGAAGAAGAUAUGGUCGUGGUCCUAAUAAGUAUACGCGUAAUUGGGAAGAUGAAGAUGCAUAUGGGAAACCUGGAAGUAAUGUUUCAACUAGAAACAAAAGGUUUAAUAAAAGUGGAGAAGAUUUUCCUGCUCUAGGAACGAAUAAAAAUGCUUCUACACAUGUAGAGGAACCAGUAAUUUCAUCAGCUUGGUACAGUAGUAAAAAUAAAUCUCAGAAUAAAAUACAAAACUUUCCACCGCUACAAGCCCAAGGUGAUAGCCACAAAACAAAAUCUAGCAAUACAUCUAAUACUCAUACAAAUGAAAAUAAGGCUCCUAAUGAGCCUACAAAUCCAGCUUGGAAAAAGGACACUAAACAUUCGUCCCAUAUUCAGAGUAGUAACGGAAAUAGUGGAGCUGGCGGUGACGCAGAUAAAUUAGUUAAUGCGAAAGCAUCUCCAAGAGAUAAUAACAAAAGGAACAUUCAAGAGUCUGUAAGCUUAGCAGCGAGUAGAACUCGUGGACGAGGAUUCAGAACAAAUGCUAAUAACAAUAUGGUCACCAAUAGAACAGUUGAGACUAAACCAAAGGGACGUGGGGCUGGACCUAUUACUGCUGAAAAUAAGAGAAAUAAUAUACAGAAUGAUGAUGAACAACAAAUUACUCAUGAUAUGAAACACAUUAGCGUUAACGAUGGUACUCAGUAUCAUCAAAGUGGAAGACAUAAUAAAAGCUUCUAUGGACAAUCCUCAAAUCAACAGAGAUUGGGAACAGUACCUCCAAGAAUGCAACAACAAUCUCAUUCACAGCAACAGCAACAAUCGCAACAACAGCCACAAUCAAUUCAACAAGAUGGCUCUGCUAAUAGGCCAAAACGUUAUUCCAGCUUGCGACAACGAUCUACUAUUUCGGAUAAUCCAGGACAACAAAAUUAUUCUGCACAACAUGGACAACACACUCAACAUAAUCAACAUAAUCAACACAGUCAACAUAAUCAACAUAAUCAACAUAAUCAACACAAUCAACACAAUCAACAUAAUCAACACACUCAACAUGGUCAGCAUAGUCAACAUGGAUAUUUUUCUCCUCAAGCUGGAAAUUCAAGGGGUGUUUUAGAUUCACAAGGAUAUCCGCAGGGACAUUUUGAACAAACUACGUCUGUUGCUACUGCAACUGCACCUAUGGCUGGUCAACCAGUGAUUCCUAUACCACCUAAUGGUCAACCUGCCAGCUAUGCUCCACCGCCAUUUUUAGUUCCACCGCCACAGUUUAUCUCUCCACAGACUGCACCACCUAGCAUAAUUAAUUAUGUUCCUGGUCCAAAUGGACCAGCAUUUCAACCAAAUUUCCAAGGUUAUCAAGGAUAUACCCCGCCAGUGCAGCCACAGCGUCCUCCACCUCCACAAGAACUGUUUCAGCCACAGGGUUGUACUUACUAUAGUCCAGCACAGCAACAACAGCAACAACAGCAAUCAGCUCCAAUGAGACGACCAAAAGCGGCUAUUCCAAUUCUUCCACCACCUGAGAAUCAACAUCAAACUAGUCGAGGAAGAGGUAGAAGUACACAACCACAGCAAACAAAUCAACAUGGUAAUGCACAACAGACUGAACAAGAAGUUAAAAGUAAUUCGGUGGAAGGUGAUCAGAAGACUGUGCCGGAACAGUUCGAUAAUACGCAAAUCGAACAGGCUCCGGAAAUUCAGGAAACAGAGAAAACAGACGAUUUGAGUGCAAUAACGAAUCCUGUGGUUGAAAAUACCGAAAAAGAUAUUAAAAAUCCCGAUAUCGAAGUACCAGUGAACUUAGAAGAUACCACUACCGAUCAGUUAGACGAUAUAAGUGCUAAUGAUUUAUCAAAAGUUACUAUUAAUGAGGAAGAUGCUAUUCCGCUUAAAACUACAGAACCAGUCAUUGAAGAGCCUGAAAACGAUUCAAACAAAAUUGAAAACACAACGACUGAAAGUACAGUUGUUGGAGAAGCAACUGCUUGAAAGGACAUCGCACAGCGUGUAAUUUUUUUUGCGAAAGACGUAAUCGUGACAUUUCGUGAGUAUGCAUAUAUUAUAAAAAAGCUGUGUAAUUUCGUUGACGUUACUAUGCAUUUUGUAUGACAAAAUGAUCUUCACGAAUCAUUUGUGAAAUACUUUAGGAAUUGGAUGUAUGCGUGUCUGUAAAACAUAUUUUGAAUGACUAUCUAAUUUCAGCAUAUUGUUGUAUAUUUCGUAGUUCACAUUUGUAUUAAUGUUUCGCUACGAAUUCCAUCGAUUUGCUGCUGUCAUUAAACGUCAUCCUAUAUUGUUAAUCUCCUUUCAUAUAUGAAAUCUACUAAUAAUGAAUUAUUAGUAGAUAAAACUAGUGUUAAACGUAUUAUUGUAUAUCGAAUAUUAACGCAUGCAGCAUCGACUGGUAAAAUAAUUAAUAAAUCGAUAUAUCUUUUUAAUACAACGGCUACUGUAAAUAGGAUAUAGUCAGGUCAGUAAUUAUGUUUUUGGUGUGCAAACAAGUUUGUACCGCGUUUUAAGUAAAUGAUGGGUGAAUGAAGUACAUUUAUUAGAUAAAGUACCACUACUUAAUGCUUUAAUUUUACUCACACUAGAACAAAAGAAAUCUUUGAUCUGCAUGUACCAUGAGAAAAUGAUCGUUACAUAAUUUAGUGUAUCUUAAAAUCUAGUUAAAACGAAGUUGAUACUAACUAUUAAAUUUGUCAUUGAUAAAUUCUAUUCUGCUUUUCGUAAUAACUACGAAAAGUUAAACUGACGAUAAUUCUUUUUUUUCUUUCAAUACGCUUACAAAGUCAUGCUUUCUAGCAAGGUGGAAUGGAAAGAUAAUAUAUUGAUAAGAAAUUUUUCCAUAUAUGACUAAAUUUAUUUUCCUCUUUUUAACUUAUUCAGUUUCACAUAAACUUCAAAUAUAUGGAUGUAUUAAUUAACGUUUACGCGUAUAAAAUUCUCGUUUAUAGUGAUGAGAUCAUACAAAUAGUGGAACUGAUCGUUAAAUUAAACAAUUGUAUGCGGUAAAAAUGUAAUUUUUGCGAACUAAAGAUAAGUUCCGUUAAGAUUACAUGAUGUGCUAGUAGCAGUGUACAGAAUAUGAGAUUUGCAUCACAUAUUUAUGACAUAGCGAUAGUAUAUAUAUCUUAAUAAACUUUUUACAUACAAUUUUGUCAGCACGCCCGGCGAUAUCGUAUUGUUCAAUAUAUAUAUAUAUAUAUAAUUAUAUAUAUAUAAUAGUUCUAAAUGGAAUCAUUCUAUUAUAAAGAAUGAUUUACAAAUUCGUACGUGCCUAUGUUAUAGUUCACGCUCUGCGGGAAUAAACAUCGAGCUUUUCUCCAGUAAUUUUUAAUAUUGUAAGUACAUUUUACAUAGUUCAAUGUUUCGUUAUAUUAAACGAUUCCAUUUUUCAGUG